CACCGGGACACAGACAAAGUUACGCACCCGGAGAAAGGUCAAUCGGUCGGCCGCUCCGUCGCACGGAGCUCUCGUUAUUCUUACCCGGUGUAAAGAGGUGUUUUUAUUUUAUCAUACGGCGAUACCGUUUGGAAUCAUCAGUCUGUCGGUCGCUCCUUUCGUAUUUUUUUCUUUCCUUAAUCUAUCUUAUUUCCACUUGUUUCUUGCGUCACGUUUUUCCGCAAUACUAAUCGGAGGUCGCGGAAGUUGGUCGCGAGGUGUUCGCCGGAACUGCCGCCCCGAGAUCGCUUUGGUGCUCAUGUAACGGACAAGUCAGUACCGAUACGACAGCGCGGGAGAUUGGUUUACGUGAGAGAGUGCGCGUCUUCCUCGUGACUUUGGGCUAAUUCAAAGUGCUGUCGCUCCGAGGGACCUCGAACAGAUGGGCGACGACAUGUGGAGGCUUUGGUUUACGAAAUUACUUCUGCCUAUAGCGUUUCUGCUGAUAAUCACGGUCCAGACGCGAUCCGAGGAUGGAGUUUUAUCGGAUAAUGUUAGGGCUUCCAGGAUAGAAAGGGAUCUAGAGGGUAAUCUCUACGCUGAAUCGGUGCAAUACGGAGGUAGGAAUAUUGAACGCAAUAGAGAAGGCAUCGUUGACACAUGGACCUCAAGCGAGGAUUAUAUAAACAAUGGAAGGAUCGACGAUGAUGAAUUCCUUGAGGAGACACCACGGAAGCGUGUUAGAAUUCGAGUACCCGUGGUGCGUAGCAGAACUGCUAGACAGCAUAAAUUUACGGUCGUCAGGCGCAGACCCUUGACACCUCACACCAAAGAUAUCACGUAUGCCACGUCUACCACGCAUACACCACGAAGAAUCGUGGUAACGCGCGUAAGAACUCUCGGAUCGGAUAACUCGAUUUAUCCGACCGACAUUCCAGACUAUGGAAAUUACCAGCCUACCGGUUUCGGAAAGCAUAAAGUAACCAUAACCAGACGCAGAAAGCUUCAACCUACGCCGACAUCGAUCAAAAAUAAAGUCAGAGUGACCAGGAAGAAAUUAGUCGCGGUGCGUCCGAUACUACCGACGUCGACACUUGCCGUUAUUACUACUGGAUUCUUUACCGCGCCUUCUUCCGAAUACGAUGAAUAUUCAGACGAAGAAGAACGCGAGGUGAUUACAGGGAAAGAUCACUCCGUCGUUACGCCUAAUCUCGAAGAGACACCGAAUCUUAUUGACAACAAACCAGACGAGGAGGCGAGUCUUGUAUCGUCGGACGCCAGCUAUAUCGUAUCUGAAGAUAGCACAUUAAACACGCCGGUGAUUAUUACCGACAAUUUCUUUUUCCCUCCGUCUAACAACGAGGAAGACGAAGAAUACGAAGAUGACUAUCAUGACAUGACUGUUACGACUGAAAAUGCAAAUAUCACGAUUUUAACGAAAGACGAACAUUCCACAACUUCUCCUAAGGUUGAAGAUAAUAUUGUAUCUAAUAAGAGCGAUGUUGAGAUGCAGACAGAGAACGGCAAUAUUACUGUAACGACAACACCGGUUAGCGAAACAUCAGUAAAACCGUUCGAAGAGCAAACAAUAAAGACGCCUCAAGAAUCUGAUAAUGCAUCGAUAAAUAUAACGGAAUCGACUUUGAAAGACGUCAAUAAUACAGAAAUAUCAACGAAAACCGUCGUGAACGAAGAUGAUGAUAAAUUUACAACGAAAGAGCAAACUACUACCAUUACCACUCUUGAGGAGCAAACUACUUUCAUGGAAGACAUCGCUACAUUAAACGUACCCGAUGAAUCUACGAGCCUUCCCGGUAAAGAAAACAUUACGACGAAAGAAAUUCCAUCAGUUACUGAGACGAUACCGCACGGUAUAGAAAGUAAAGAAAAAGAAUCGACCAAAGUUCCCGAAGACACUACAGACCGCAGCACGACGCCAGAAACGAUCAGCGAGAACUCAGAAGAAAAUCUAACAGUGCAACCCAUCCAACCGGAUGUCAUAAUUGACUCUAAUUCGACCCAGAUUUCUCUAAUCGGAGCAAUCCUGCCAUCUGAUACUAUCGUGAUCGCGCCAAGCUUCGAGAGCGUUAUACCGCUCGCGACUACGAAGUCACCGAUACGCGACACCGAUACGACGAGUUAUCUCGACGAUUCGUACAUACCCAGCGUGAUACCCCUCGGCGGAAAUUACACCCGCGAGACAGUCCCCGCGACGAAAGUCACGAGCGAGAUCGCUUCGCCGACGCCGGAGGAGAUUGAGGCCGGGCUAGCGGAUGAUCUUUACCUGUCGUUGUCUCGCCUCGAUUUCCCCGGGAUCUUACCGUCGAAACCAGGCACAAUCGAUUCAGAGACGGAUCUCGCGCUCGAGUUCGAGCCCAGCACAAGUGUCUAUUACACAGAGACGGUAGUGACGUCGACGCGACUAAGGACGUACACGUACGUGGUGACGCAACUUAACGGACUGGAGACUAAAGUGACGUCGUCGACGACCGUACGACCGAGAGUGACGACACUUACGUUGACGGUGCCGGUCACGGUGACUGUUACUCCUACCGUGGAGUCGUCAGCCGGCUUCGAAUCAUCUGUGUAUAAUCCAGUACCCGUUACCGGAGAGCACGAGGCAAAGGAUGAAGAAGAAGGGCGCAGGUUCAAUUUAGCGACCCGCGUAAUGUCGAACGGUGUCGAAGUCAUUGUCGCCGGACCGACUCCAGCAUUACGAUGGGAAAAUUCGAAUCCUCAACCUACCCUCACCUUAUCCGAAGCGGUGGUCAUGCUCCUGCCGCAGGAUAAGCCGAACGAGUUUGUCACGAAGACUUGCACAACAACUUUCACGUACCUCAGCACAAUCACCAAGGAUGGAACGACUACCGUUUCUACGGAGCAACAGGUUGUAGCGAAUACAGCGACGGAAGAACGGCACAGAAAACCUGGUUCCGAAACGGCAGCUGUGACUCUGGAAGCGUCCCCGACUUUACGUACCGAAGUAUUUAAAACGACGUAUACGUAUUUGACUUUGAACACAGAUCAUCCGGACGUGAAUGACGCCUUAGAAAGUAGCACGAAAGUCAUAACGAACACGGUUACCGCGCCGCAACAUUACCUAGACAUGAUUCUCGAGCCAUCAGAGGCUCCGCGACCGGAAACCAAUACAUAUCUCAGUACCAGAGUGUUGGAGAAGACGUUUAUGGAUGAGGGUCGAACGAAAAUAGAGACGGUCAGCGACACGAUUACUCAGCUAAUAGUGACAGAAUCAGCACCUCCGCCGCGACCGACCAGUGUCACAACAACCCUGACCGCCUUGGACAACACCGACGGUAGCGUGACGGAUAUGACCAAGACGUAUUACAUCACGUACACGUAUUUCAACACAUUUUUGGAGAAAGGUAGCACGGUGGUUCGCACAAAUGUAGCGACAUCGACUGACGUGGUAUUGGAGAAAGUGCCGGUACGAAAAACAACCAUGAAAACCGCUCCGGUUAAUCCCACGCCGGAGCCUAUACAGAUCUUCGCUACUAAAACGUACCUUACCACGUUCACUUACUUCACGACAUUAUUGCAGGCUGGCCCAGAUGGCGAAACGUCAACGACCGUGACGUCUCGUUCACAUAUCGUUGAAAAUGUCGUGACGGAGUCGAUAGCUCCGAGUUUAUUAGACGCCGGAUAUAUGAAUGCCCUAUUGACGACCGCGCAUCAUUCGGAUCCGGUGAAGAACGUCGUCACAGGCUCGACGAUUAUCUUCUUCGACGAGGAGGAUCAGAUUGAUCCAACCACGACCUCGAAUCUCCCGCAAUCAACCUCUAUUACGGAAAUAAAGAAACACGAGAAAAGUCCCACGAAUACAACUACGGUGUCAACGGAGACGUCGGAGGAGGGCGCUAACCCCGAUAUAAAGCCAGCAGAUUCAAUAGAUAAACAGGAUGAUAAUGAUACUGCGGUAUUAAGCGACGGACCACAAAAUAAGAGGCCGAAUUCUCAAUCCGGAGACGAUGUUUCAGUUAGCAAACCUCUCCUCAGUCUGGGUUCUUUAGGGAUAAAUAGUUUAUCCGCUUUGGGGCCGGUAAUUACAGCAAUGGCUGGAUUAUUGCAAGGAAAAACCGCUAAUCGUAGAAAUGACAGCGUACCUCUCGCAGAGAUUCAAGAAGUUACAACGCAACGAUCGCCGAUCUACAUACCCGUCGCAGAAUUUGCUGACGGCGGUGAUAUAGAAACCGCUGAAAGCCAACACAUCGCUGCCCAUCUGGCAAAUCUCAAUCAUAAUUACAUUGCCGAAACGCGUCACAAGGUGACCAGCAGUCUUGCCGACGGUAUACCGAUAUCCCCCGGUGAAAUAAUCACAGCAAACAGCGACGUUAUCAUAGGAAAACCGGGAAAAAUGGCGCCGAGACCGCCGCAGACGUUUCUAAAGGACGAAGAGCACAUUGGCAUGAAACCACCACCGUUACCAGUACCGAAUAUUCCGGUGCAUCCUGUAUUGGAGGUGCUAGAAAACGACGAUGACGUACAAGCUCAACAAACAGCGCACGACGCGCAGGUGCAAAUUUUGCCGGCUCAUCAGGUUUACGAAGAACAUCUGAAAGUGCCGGUUUCUAUUCCUCUUAAUACGAAUCAUCCGACAGCUCCUAAGCAGCCUCAAAAAUUGCUUCCCGUUCAAUCAUCGCCGCCUAAGAGAAUCGCAUCGAAACAGGAUAUCCUCGAGAAUGAUCCCUUACUAAAACCACCUAACAGACCGAAUAUAGAGCAGUAUGCAAAUCCUAAUGUAAACCAUAAAAUUCCGGAGUGGAAUCCCGAGAAAUAUAGAAGACCCUGGAGCGCUAAAGAUCCCUUGAUACCACCUACGAGACUUGACGAAAUUCAUCCGGACAAACCGAUUGAAAAACCACGACCGACCUCGGUCAUAUCUUCGGAAGAACAGAAACGACCACCUUGGGCACAAAAAGAUCCUCUAUUACCAGACAGUUCUAUCAUCAUACAGAGCUCAGAGUCAAAACCGACUCCUACGGAGCCGAUAGUUCAUCAGGUGCCACAUGUCAUUGAUAGAUCGACGGGGCAACCUUUAUUAGUCAAUAUUCAACCCAGUCAAGUAGCUAAUGUCGUAAUUCCUCAAGGCGGCACGCAAGCUCUGAUUUUCGGAGACACUAACGAGCCUCAUAUAAGUGGCCAAUAUUUUGACGAUCCAUCGCCUUAUCCGGAACCUGAAGUUGGACCAGGUUUUGUUGGUAUCCAAAAGGUCGAAGAUUUAUCUCAAUAUCCAAGCGAGAAAAAUCCAGCUCACUACAUGGUACCUCCAUCACCGUCUACCAACUUCAAGGCUUCUUCUCCGAAACCAGGUUUCUCCAGUCGUCCGCAUGCUAUUCUAUUGUCACCUGUACGCGGGAGACCGCAAGAAGUGCCAGAGACGCCUGUAUUAAGACCCGAUAAGAGACCAUCGGAGAUUCACCUGAUCAAACGACCCGACGGAUCCGGAGGAUCCGGUCAAGGUCACGUUCAUACAGAAAUUCUUGUACAUCACAAACCGGAGACAGUAAACGUUCGACCCCAGCCCGCUUCUCAUCCGUCUGCUCAUCAUUCCGUGCAUCAACCGCCAGUGCGCGGUCACCAAGGCGGUCACUUUUCGAGUGGUCAAACUCCGGUGGAAGCUCCGCCGAGGCGUGGAGAGGUCUCGCCGACCGAAGUUCCACAUCGAUAUAUAUUCCUUGGAAAACCGGAUUCUGGAAACGAGAUAACCUUAAACACCAACUGGAAAUCCGACAAGAAACCAAUCAGAUUCGCUCUGAAUAAUCGACCGAGACCGCGACCAAGACCGACGACCAAUCGACCCUUAGACAGACACGUCUUUGUGGAACGACCUACUGGAUAUCCGCCGAUUAGGAAACCAACGUAUUCCGGACCACAGAGACCUCCGGUAAAGACGCACAACACCUUCGUGUUACCGCAUCGGCCACCGUUGAAUUCUCAGCCUCACCAGGAACCUACACGGAUAUCGUCUAAUCCACUUCAAACUGAUAAUCAAAACAGACCGCCGCAAAUUUAUCUGGAUAAGACGAAUGUAGGUAACGUUGUGCCGCCGAAUUUGCCAACUGCAGAGCAGAACGAUCACGUGCCCACCGGAGCGAUAGAAUAUCACAAUCCUUUACAUCCAAAUCCGAUAACGGAAGAAAAUAAGCAUUCUCAGGUAUCCGCUACGAAAACACAGCAUGUGCCAGGAGAUCAUCUUGAAAAGUGGCAGACUAAUAAAUUUACAGAGCAGGCGCAAUUGGAUUCUGACAUCGGUGCCUCGGAGUAUGUUAAUUAUCAGAAUUAUGGAAAAGGAAACAGAAGCGAAGAAAUCGAUGAUCAGGACACGAUAGAUUCUCAAAGCAUCAAUCAAACGCUGGCAUCGCAAACUUUAUAUGGACCAGUUGUUUCCAUCAAUACGGUCGUAGGCAAACCGCUAGAAGUCGGACAAGAACAUGACAUAACUUACGAACGUGAAACAGAUGGAAAGCCGUCGUUGCAAGGACCUCACGGUACCGCUCUCUAUAACACGAGACCUUAUGAAUUGCCUAUAGUACAAGGCAAGCCAUUCGGCGUUUACAACGGCUACGUAGAUCCAACCACUCCUUACGGAUACAAACAAAAAGACGGCAAACCCGAUUACGAAAUAGUUCACGGUAUACCCGCUCCUAAUGCAAAACCAAUUGCGACCAAGAAGACGCAAGGCGGACAAGUCACAACACUGAAUUCACUAGAACGCGAUGAUACCAUCGAUUUGAAGCCUCCGGCGAUUAUACCUCAAUUUGAGGCAGAUAGGCCCGGAAGGCCGUUCUCUAGACCGAUCAGACCUGACUCGAGGCCCGGUCUAACUCGAAUUAAACCAGAGAUAUUAAUGAAACCGCCAAUUAAAUUAGAAGUGAGACCGGAUUACGCUAUAAAACGUCCGGACAACGUUAAGCCGAAUAAUAAUGCAGAAAUUUUUGUCAAUCAAACAUUAAACCACGGAAUUAAAAUAAAUCAUAAUCUUCAGAAUUGGAACGUAGACGUAGCGGUCCCGGAUAUUGUGAAGUCUCAACAAAAAAUAUCAGCCGGACAUGAUUUCCGAACUUCUGAAACGAAAGCAAAUGAGAAUAAAAAUGGUACUCGUCCGACGAAUUACGGCAAUAAACGCCCAAGCGUCGUUCGACCAGAGCACGGAACAUUCACGAGAGUGCAUCCGGAAUAUCCUCACAUCUUGACGAAACCGAAACCUCAAGUGCCGGAGCCGGUAAUCGUCUCGAGCGGUACCGCGGGACUGGAAACACACGGUCGUCCGAACGUCAAGUUCUCCAUGUCGGUCGAGGCUACGGGCGGGGAAGUGGACAGUAAGACGCAAACCGAGCGGCCGCCCAGCAUGUUAAUCACGAAGAAUAAUCUAUCGCAUAACAAAAAGAACGAUGAGGCAAUGAACACGGCGUAUCAGACGAAUUUUGCCUCCUCAGAUUCUCAAGGCGAGCAGGACAAAAUCAAGGAAACGAACGUUCCCUCUAGAAACAUGAUGCCGCCACCCCUAAACGGAGGCGUCGGACCGAAGAAAAAAGAGCAAGAGGGACUUAAACCACCGCCACCGCCGCCGAGCGAUGUAUUCGGAUUGUCGCCACCACCGGUAGACAUCACUACCACUCAUAUACCGGUAGAUGAUAGAUUCGCUUUAAUGACGACCGACGAGUCGGGUCUGAAGCCGCCGAAAUAUGUACCUUUAAAAGAAUCGACAACGAUCGCACCGCCCCGCACAAACAUGGUUCCACCUAGACCGUCGCUUACGAGACCUUUCCUCGUAGAAUUAUUGUCACAGGACAUGGUGCCGCCGCCACCAAUAUUGACAACUACGAGGCCGCUCGAGAUCGCUACCGUGAGACCGGCUGUCGCGGUUUCCGGUUCUAUACAAAUAGCUACCGCCGUCGCGACGUCUCAUAUCCCGGUAAUUCAGGAUAUUGAAUCGAAAAUUCCAAUUAUUCACGGUACGGUUGAUCUGCCAGUCGUAGUCGACGUUCCCGAUAUCCUCCGACCUGUGGAAACGCGGAUGAGCGAACAUGUUAGCAUUUAUACCGUGCGACCGUUCGAUACAAGACCCGUGUCUAGAAUCGGCAUUCAAUCGACAUCGAUAUUGUCCACAAACAUAGUAAUACCGACAAAGCUACGGCCACCUCAAGUGGAUCACAUUCAGCCGAGCAGAUCGUCGACAAUCCAUCGCGAUGUUAAUCCGACGAGAUCAUACGUUUUGGAAAUCCCACCAAAUCCUGUCAAGCGACCCGAGCAUCCGGUGUUCUUAGAAUCCAGCCACGAAAGCAUCCUACCGUCGACAAGAAUGGAGCCUACCGAAUCUUUAACGUUCGCUACGGAAAAGAAACAGCAUUCAGCAAUAUCGAAUGUCAAGACGCAAAAGCCGCAAGUAACCGAAUUCAGCAUCGUGAAUAAAACGGCGAGCAAAGAGUCAUCCGUGAUCGUGACUAGAGUCGACAGUUCGAUCAGUAAAGUAACUAAUACGUUGAUACCAACGCCGGGCAAUAAGACGCGUAUCGAGGCAAGCAACGCGGCUACGCAGUUUACGAAGAACAUUGCAAAGGCGACUAAUACCGUCGCUAGGGAUCAAUCAAACGCUACUAUACGCACGAAGCCAAAAGAGGUGACGCGAUUUAAAACUUCGACGGUAACGAGAACUAAAACGUCGGUGUUGGGAUCGCCGCCAACGACGAGGACGCUUUUACUCACGCACACGAUGACCACGACGACCGUCGAGACUGUCACGGAAACGCUGCUACGUCCGACAAGCGUAGUGUCCACGGUAACUUCGACGAUCUUACAAUCGAUUGUUACGAGGAUACCUUCAACGUACGACAAUGUAGCGGAUAAUGACUCCAUAUUUGUCGUGAUGAGCGAUCAAAAACCACCGGGAGCCGGGGCGGAAGAGGUGGAAGCCGAAUACGGGGAGGAAGUUUCUCGCGACGAGCAAGAUCCGACGGGCAACGAAAUCCACAGAGUACUGUCGGGUGGAAUACUUGGCGCGCCAGUAGUACCUCUUACGCCGGCUGCGAACCAGUGCACACCGGAGUGUAAGUCGUCCAAAUCUGAGAUAUGCGCCGAAGUAGGAACUGAAAUGAGGUGCGUCUGUCGGCCGGGAUUCGCGAGGAUGUUCCCGGAUCGCCCCUGCAAACCGACCUACACGUACACACUGCGCGUUGGUCUGGACCGCGUCGGCCACGAAUUCGUGGCGUACGAUACUGCCUUAAACGAUACUACAUCGGCAAUUUACAAACGUUUGAUAGUUCCGACGAGGGACGCUUUGGAUAGAACUUUAAUGCAGAGUGACUUGAGGGAUGUGUACAGAGGUCUCAAGAUUGCUGGGUUCAUUCCGGAUCCUACGAAGGUCGAAUUUCACGUGCAGCUGAGCGAUAACGCUAAUGAGACCAGAUUGAAGGAAGUUCUUCGAAAAUAUUUAGUUGGAAGCAAUUACAGCUUAGGUGGCACAGAGGUCUACGCUUCUAAGAAUCUUGAUUCAAUCGAGGCAGCCGAUUUUGAUGAAUGCGCUUCCAAGGAAGGCGGUCCGCAUCACGACUGUUCGCCCUACGCGGCAUGCUUCAAUUUACGAGGAUCCUAUCAGUGUUCUUGUAGAGAAGGCUGGGCUGAUUUAUCAGAAAAUCCAGCGUAUCCCGGAAGGGUAUGCUCACAAGCUCCAUUAGGAUGCGCUGGUUGCAAUAAUAAAGGUCAUUGCGUCACCAAUUCUCUCGGUCAGGAGGUAUGCGAGUGCUUCCCUUGGCACAGUGGCCAACGGUGUCAAGUUAAUCUCAAAGUUUUGUUGAUAGCUUUAGUAACGACCGGCGCAAUCUUGCUGGGUCUCCUAGCAAUCUGUGUGGGAAUGACGUGCUUCCGUCAUCCAGGCCGCGAUCGGAAGAUCGGCGACAGACGAGCUAUAAUCCCCGGAACAGGCGGUGAUACUAGCAGCGAGGGUAGCGUCACUGACUUGGCGAUACCUCAUCACGUACCGCACGUCUUGCCACCGCCGCCGCAAAUGAUAGCUCCCUUGCCGCCGAACAAACGGCCAGUUCGUAAGAUCAGCGCGAAGCCUCGUCAUCCACCAAGAAAAGCUACUAUGGUGCCUGCCGUGAUACCAGUAAACGACGAUCAGCGUGAUCGCUCCUUGACAGUUAUGAUCCCACGAGCAAAAUAUCGAUCGGCGCCGCAAUCACCGCAAAAUUACAAUAAGACCGUCAUGAGUACAUUUGCCGCCGAGGAGCACAAACUCAUAAAUUAUCUCGACAACGGCGUGAACUCUCCCGCUAACAGGAAACAAAGUAUAUCUAGCGCGAAAGAUUGCAAAGAAGCUGAUUUGCAAGGCGCGAGAAACCCAAUAACACCCACGGGUGCUCUCGUGAGUGCCGGUUUUCAGGUUUCGGCGACGGUGACACGUAUUGUGGACGCUGAAUCCACCUUGGCACGUUCGUGCGGCGAGACCACUGUGGAACCAGCGACGAAGAUACUGAGGAGCGGAGAUCUUCAGGUUGAUCUCGAUUCGACUUUAGCACGCUCGUGCGGCGAGACAACCAUCCAAGCUCCGACAAAACUCCUCAGAUUGGAUCUGGGCGAGGCUGGUUCUACCCUGGCGAGAUCGUGCGGCGAAACGACGAUCCAACCGCCGACAAAAGUCGCCGCCGUCCGACGAAACAGCGUCAAGGACACCAGAGAUAACAGGGACACUAGAGACAGCGCCAGCGAGGGUCACACCAUGGCUGAGCGUGAUCUAGGGAGCACAUUGAGACUUCCGGCGCAACAUCCGCCGUUAUACAGUCAGGAUAGAACUAGCGAUCGGGAAUCCAAUUUCGAUUCGUUAUAGACGCUCAAACGAGAACGAGUCACGACGUAUGGGAAGAUUGAUUGCGGACGAGACCGCUGGACGGUAUUCUCCGUAGAUUUAUGAAUCAUUGUAUGUUGAAAUUUGCCGCUAUCAAAACACGCGAAGCAACAUAUUUCAUUUCAUUUGGUGUUAUCGGUUUAUUUAUUUAUCGCGAUUGUUAUGUUGUUUCUUUUCUAUUCCUGUUACGGUAUAUUUACUUAUUUAUAAUGCCUGUUCACUAAAAUUAAUGACGUUUCUCUAACAAUCAGAGGAACUCUUCUAAAUGCAAUAUCUGAUCGGCGAAUAUUUGUCAAAUUAAAAAAUUUACGCGUAAUUUCGCUUCAAGGCGAAAGAAAUAAGCGCGCGUGACUCAACCCCGUGCCAAAAUACAACCAAUGAAAUAGGGAAGACUGCGAAGAAGCUCUUUCUUGCCUUCCCUAUCGUUUUCACGAGAUCGAGCGACUCGUCGCUGCAGAGCUGAUCGAAAUAUUAGAAUAUUUUAUUAAUUAAAAAAUUUUAAUAAUUAAUAAUUUCAAAUCGUAUCAAGAGAGUAUCAAGUUUAAUAUAAAAAAAAUUAUCAGUCUUUACGGAUAAACUUUUACACAGAAUUAGAAAAAUAUUACAAGUGUUUAUGUGAAUUAAAAUUUGGAAAUAAUAUUUCGAUCGUCGCGCAGCUUACCGUGCACGUGCAAGCAUGGUGCAACAGUGUCAUAAAUAGUGGAUGGCGCCAAAUCGUUCGUGCUGACAGCAUAACGAAAUAGCUCGAUGCUUACAUUGAUCACGAAAGGAGAAUAUUUUUUUUAUUUUUGUUGUUACUGUUUGUUUGUUUAGUUUAUUCUCCGACAAGUCGUGUCAUGUUGCCCGGCUUCGUUGCAAAGAAUUCAGGAGCGAUCGAACUUGCGCUCAAGAUCGAUAGUGAAUAGCCGUUCUAGUAUCUGCUCGAGUGUAAAUUGUUUGUUAUGUUACAUAAUAUUUUUACGCUAUACACACAUCUGUAGUCUUUAAUACAUUUAUACCAGACAAACGCUACUUUCUACGUAUAUCUAAUUCCAAUGAUAUGUAAUUUUGACGAUAAAUUUGAAGAUAAAUUUUGCAUUUAGAAAUUAAUAUGUUAAAAAUAAUUUCAAAAGAGAUAAUUGCAUAUAAUUGCGUUAUAACAUUUUACAUUCGAGAGACAUACAAACGUCUUCCACUUCAUUCAGGACGAAGCCGCGGCAACGUCGCUAUAUAUCAGACUCGAGAAAGAGCAAAGACAAGACGCGUUAAGCUCGCGAUGUAUUUACUGUUAGCUCAAUAAAUAGCGUAAGUGGAGGUGUAAUGAAGGACAGGUGUAACACAUAUCGAGAUUCUCUCGUAAGCUCCACGCUUAAUCGGAAGAUUACACGAGACGGAUUAAAUUUUCUGCCGGUUUGAGAAAACGAAGAUGACGAUGCUCAUAUAUCUUAAGUUUCGUUAAUUAUGUUUACUAACCUUGUCCCUCCUUACAUCAAAAAAUCAACCUUUCCUUUAUAUAUAUACAUAUAUGCAUACACGUAUAAAUAUAGAUGUAUCACCCUGUUGUACAUAUACUCUCUCCACCGGAACCUCUUCUACGUAAUGCUAUUGUAAUUUUGUACACACUUAGCGCAUGUAUACUUAUACGUACUUUUAAUAAAAGUCAAUAAUAUAACGGCAUGUCUUAAACGUACCUGUUUGUCAUACUCAAGAAGUUAUAAUCAACUUAAGUACGUAAGCUGAAUCUUUAAUUAAUAAUAUUUUAACACACAAGAUAUAUUAUCCGCGUUUUAUUGCAUUAUUAUUGUAAUCACGCGGUCCCAUUACUAAGAUUUUAUCUAUUGCGUUUUAAUAAUCUGUUUUAACCAACUUAUCCUCUAACUUUCAUCUUUUUGCGUAAACUUUAAAGUAACAUAAAAUGUCCUAAAAAGAUUCUUUGAUUUUUAUUAGAAUGAAAAUUGUUAUAAAUUGAAGGUAAUUAGUCAACAAGCUUGAAAAAGAGAAAGAUAAGUCACUCGAUGUUAUGAAACCAAGAUAUGAAAGAAAAGAGAACAAUCGAAAACCGAAAUAAAGGCGUCGUCGAUGAUGAAAUACAAUUAAUCGAAUCCUUUAUAAUGUUACAGAUUAUAAUCUAUAACUGUUAUGCGUAGAGAACUACCAUUUAUUAUAUGAUAGGCAUUCAUCGAUAUAAGUUACUAAAAAGAAACGUUUUUAUAUAUUAAAACAUUAUGUAAGUCCCGUAGAUAAUAUACACUAAUUAUUUAUUCUUAUAAUAAAUUUUUAACGUUGUACAUAUAA